AUGCUUCAUCUGUUAUCUGAAGGAACAGGAAGGGCAAGGCAUGGGUUGGGUUAAAGCGGUGCUGGUGUUGGUGGUUCUCCAAUCCAUCACCACUUCGCUUCCACACUGGGCAGAUGCAGGAGAUCUUCUCUCCCCUCUCUUCAACGAGAUAUGCAACAACAGCGUGGAGUGUGGGAAGGGGAGUUGUCAAGUGUCGACGGACGACUCCUUUGGAUUCGCAUGCAAGUGCAAUCCUGGGUGGUCUCAGUUCCAUAUUGGAGACUACUUCCGGUUCCUCCCCUGUAUCAUCCCCAAUUGUAGCAUCAAUUACUCGUGCUCCAAUGGUUCUUCGGCUCCGGCAGCAUCCCCCUCGCCUCAUCCUGCUAAUGUCUCCAAAUUAGACCCUUGCUCGUAUUCCUACUGUGGAGCGGGCAACUGUGUGAGUACGUCAACCUUCGGGUAUCGCUGUGAGUGCGGAGAGGGUUUCAGCAAUCUUCUCAACAUGACCAUUUUCCCUUGCUACAGAGACUGUUCUCUCGGAGGUGAUUGUGCAAACCUGGGCAUCACAUUGUCGAAUUCCUCUUCAUCUUCUCCACCCGGUCUAUCUGACAACGGCAGUUCAUCAUCAGAUACAAUUGGCCCCAAGAAUCUUUUGAUGGUGAUGUUGGUGAUUGGUCUUAUCUUCGUCCGGACGAGAUAGGCAGAGCUCAGUGUAUCAUGAUAGAAUUCUUCUGGCCACACACGCAGCGUAGUUCAUUAGUUUCGUAUGCAGAUUGCUCCACAUGAGUUCACAGUUCAGUUGGUACUUUUGUUUUGGAUGUAUAUAGGAAUUAGAACAACCAUUUGGUUUGAUUCUGGGUGGUGAUGUACCUUUUUAGAUUGAUAUACAUCUAAUAAAGCACGCUUGUAGUAUUUCUGUGAUA